AUGGCGCCCGUGCAGCUGGAGAACCACCAGCUGGUCCGGCCGGGACGCGGCGGGGGAGGCGGCGGUGGCUCCGCAUCAGCCCCGGCGCCACAACCCGCUGGAGCCGCGGCGGCGGCGGCAGCGGCGGCUGGAGCGGCGGCGGCUGGAGCGGCGGCGGCGGCGGCGGCGGCGGCAGCGGCGGCGGCGGAGGCCAGCCCCGGUUACCAGCUGAGCACGCUGAUCGAAAUUCUGCUGCAUCGGGCCUACUCGGAGCUCCUGGUUCUGACCGACCUCCUACCAGGGAAGUCUGAUGUAGAAAGGAAAAUAGAGAUAGUGCACUUUGCUAGCCGGACACGUCAACUCUUUGUUCGAUUAUUAGCUUUAGUAAAAUGGGCCAAUAAUGCUGGCAGAGUGGAAAAAUGUGCGAUGGUAUCAAGCUUUUUAGAUCAGCAAGCCGUCCUGUUUGUGGACACUGCUGAUUGCCUGGCCUCGUUAGCUAGAGAUGCCUUGGUCCAUGCUCGCUUGCCUAGUUUUGCCAUCCCAUAUGCUAUUGAUGUACUGACUACUGGGUCUUAUCCACGACUGCCCACCUGCAUUAGGGAUAAAAUUAUUCCUCCAGACCCAAUUACCAAAUUUGAGAAACAAGCCACACUUCACCAACUGAACCAGAUUCUUAGACACCGUCUGGUUACUACAGAUCUGCCUCCUCAGCUGGCAAAUCUUACAGUUGCAAAUGGCCGGGUGAAGUUUCUAGUUGAAGGAGAGUUUGAAGCUACUUUGACCGUGAUGGGAGAUGACCCUGAUGUUCCAUGGCGUCUCCUUAAGCUAGAAAUUCUGGUGGAGGAUAAGGAAACAGGAGAUGGAGGAGCACUAGUUCAUAGUAUGCAAAUCAACUUUAUCCAUCAACUGGUGCAGUCUAGACUUUUUGCUGAUGAGAAACCUCUUCAGGACAUGUACAGUUGCCUCCAUUCUUUCUGUUUAUCACUUCAGUUGGAAGUGCUGCAUUCCCAAACCCUGUUGUUAAUCCGAGAGCGCUGGGGAGACCUGGUGCAGGUGGAAAGGUACCAUGCUGGAAAGUGCCUCACGCUCUCAGUUUGGAAUCAACAAAUUCUUGGGAGAAAAAUUGGACUGGCAUCUGUUCAUAAAGUUACAAUUAAAAUCGAUGAGACUGAUGUUUCCAAGCCCUUACAAAUUUUUCAUGAUCCUCCUCUGCCAAGUUGUGAUUCUAAAUUAAUAGAAAGAGCCAUGAAGAUUGAUCACUUAUCGAUAGAGAAACUCCUGAUUGACAGUGUACAUGCAAGAGCCCAUCAGAAGCUCCAGGAACUAAAAACCAUUCUCAAAGACUUCAAUGCCAAUGAGAACUCUUCCAUACAGACUACACUUCCAGCUCUUGUUGUUCCUAUCUUGGAGCCCUGUGGUAAUUCGGAGUGUCUACACAUUUUUGUGGAUUUGCAUUCUGGAAUGUUCCAAUUGAUGCUUUAUGGACUUGACCAGUCCACACUGGAUGACAUGGAAAAAUCUGUGAACGACGAUAUGAAACGUAUCAUUCCUUGGAUUCAACAACUUAAGUUUUGGCUUGGUCAACAGCGCUGCAAACAAUCUAUAAAACAUCUGCCUACAAUAACCACUGAAACGUUGCAGCUGUCCAAUUAUGCAACCCAUCCUAUUGGAAGUCUUUCUAAGAAUAAGCUCUACGUUAAACUCACCCGUCUUCCACAGUACUACAUUGUGGUGGAAAUGUUAGAAGUUCCUAAUAAACCCACUCAGCUGACAUACAAGUACUACUUCAUGUCUGUGAAUGCCUCCGAUCAUGAAGACGGCCCUGUCACAGCACUCCUGCUUCAGCAGUUCAAAGAAAACAUCCAAGAUUUUGUCUUCCGUGCAAAAAAUGGGAAACCUCCCCAAACUGGUAAGAAGCGCAAGUUGUCUGAUGAUCUCUGUCCAGUAGAACUCAAAAAAACCAAACAAACAGUAGAAACGAGUGCCUUCAAUAAAGUUCUCGCUCACUUUGUUGCUAUGUGUGAUACAAAUGUGCCAUUUAUAGGACUUCGGUUGGAGCUGUCCAAUUUGGAUAUUCCACAUCAAGGCGUGCAUUUGGAAGGCGAUGGCUUCAGCUAUGCAAUCCGCUUGUUGAAAAUUCCUGCCUGUAAAGGUGUCAGUGAGGAAACCCAGAAGGCUCUGGACCGCUCUCUGCUUGAUUGCACUUUCCGAUUACAAGGUCGGAAUAACCGGAUCUGGGUGGUAGAGUUAGUGUUUGCAAACUGUCCACUUAAUGGCACUUCUACCAGGAAGCAAGGAUCUUCCCGACAUGUUUAUCUGAUGUAUGAAAACCUGCUGUCUGAACCAGUUGGUGGUAAAAAAGUGGUUGAAAUGUUCCUUAAUGACUGGAGUAGCAUUGCACGGUUAUAUGAAUGUGUGUUAGAAUUUGCACGUUCUCUACCAGACAUACCGGCUCAUCUGAAUAUUUUCUCAGAAGUUCGUAUAUAUAAUUACCGGAAACUUAUCUUGUGUUAUGGAACCACCAAAGGAAGCUCAGUUACUAUCCAGUGGAAUUCCAUUCAUCAGAAAUUUCACAUUUCUUUGGGAACUGUUGGCCCAAACUCAGGUUGCAGUAAUUGUCACAAUACCAUUCUCCACCAGCUCCAAGAAAUGUUCAAUAAAACACCAAAUGUCGUUCAAUUGCUACAGGUACUGUUUGAUACUCAGGCUCCGUUAAAUGCCAUCAACAAACUUCCCACUGUGCCGGUUUUGGGCUUAACCUAUAGAACCAACACUGCAUACCAGUGCUUCUCCAUUCUGCCACAGUCCUCCACCCACAUCAGACUGGCUUUUAGGAACGUGUAUUGCAUUGAUAUUUACUGCCGUAGUCAAGGAGUUGUGGCAAUACGGGACGGUGCUUAUAGUCUUUUUGAUAAUAGCAAAUUAGUUGAAGGUUUUUAUCCUGCACCAGGACUAAAGACAUUCCUGAAUAUGUUUGUUGACAGCAAUCAGGAUGCUCGAAGACGGUCUGUCAAUGAAGACGAUAAUCCCCCUUCUCCCAUCGGAGGGGAUAUGAUGGAUUCUUUAAUCUCCCAGCUCCAACCACCGCAGGAACAGCCAUACCCCAAGCAACCUGGAUCUUCAGGCGCUUAUCCACUUACUUCGCCUCCUACAUCUUAUCAUAGUGCAGUUAACCAGUCUCCCUCUAUGAUGCACACGCAGUCUCCAGGAACCCUAGAUCCCAGUUCUCCAUACACAAUGGUGUCACCUAGUGGACAAGCAGGAAACUGGCCAGGGUCUCCUCAAGUGUCUGGCCCAUCAUCAGCAACACGCAUGCCUGGAAUGUCACCAGCCAAUCCUUCACUACACUCUCCAGUUCCAGAUGCUUCCCAUUCCCCCAAAGAUGGAACCAGUUCCCAGGGAAUGCCAACCAAGAUGCCUCCACCUCGUAGACUACCUCAGCGUUCCUGGGCAGCUUCCAUUCCCACCAUCCUCACUCACAGUGCCUUGAACAUUUUACUGCUACCCUCUCCAACUCCAGGCCUCGGGCCUGGCCUGGCUGGCAGUUACCUGUGUUCUCCACUUGAGAGAUUCCUGGGAUCGGUCAUCAUGAGGCAACACCUUCAAAGGAUUAUUCAGCAGGAAACGCUACAGCUGAUAAAUUCCAAUGAACCCGGAGUGAUCAUGUUCAAGACGGAUGCACUGAAAUGCAGAGUAGCCCUCAGUCCGAAAACCAACCAAACGCUUCAGCUCAAAGUGACCCCUGAGAAUGCCAGGGAGUGGGAACCUGAUGAGCUGCAAGUUUUGGAGAAGUUCUUUGAAACAAGGGUUGCAGGACCUCCAUUCAAAGCCAAUACGUUAAUAGCCUUCACCAAGCUGCUAGGAGCUCCCACACACAUCCUCCGGGACUGUGUGCAUAUUAUGAAACUAGAGCUGUUCCCCGACCAGGCAGCACAACUAAAAUGGAAUGUUCAGUUUUGCCUGACAGUCCCUCCCAGUGCACCGCCCAUUGCACCUCCUGGGACGCCUGCUGUGGUGCUGAAAUCCAAAAUGUUAUUCUUUCUGCAGCUAACUCAGAAAAUGUCGGUUCCUCCCCAAGAACCUGUUAGUAUUAUAGUUCCCAUCAUUUAUGACAUGGCUUCAGGUACCACCCAGCAGGCAGACAUUCCCAGGCAGCAGAACUCUUCUGUUGCUGCUCCCAUGAUGGUCAGCAACAUUCUGAAGAGGUUUGCAGAGAUGAACCCACCGCGACAACGUGAGUGCACAAUAUUUGCAGCUGUUCGUGAUUUAAUGACUAAUCUUACAUUGCCCCCUGGUGGGCGUCCAUAGACAAUAUUGUUUUUUAACCAGGAAGGUUGACAAAAGUGACAAAACAACAAAAACAAACAAAAAAAAAGCAAACAUUUGAAUUCAGCCUUCAAUUUUAAAAAGAAAAAGGACUUUUUUUGACUUUUAAGAAUUCAAUAAUCUAAGCUGGCAAAAAAUUUCAGGGUGCACUUGUUCCAUCAAAAAUAUCAUCUUUUGUAUAGUGAACUUGUAUAGCGUGUUGAAAUGGCUGCACAUUUCCAUUUCAAAUUUGGAAAUACACCAGUGUCCGCUUGCCAGUGGUAGGUUUAAUAUUCUGUUUUAUACUAUAAAGUUAUGGAAAUGCCAAACUUGUUUAUUUAAUUGUUUUCUUAUGUUUUGGGUGUAACAGUUCUUUUUUUUUGGUUUUGAUUUUUUUUUAAGGCAGGUAUGUCAUUUUUGAAUACUGUAAAACUGCGAUAAACUUUAUAUUGAAGCUGUAUUUUAAUAUGAUUGCUUUGAAACCUUACAUGAAAAAUGUUCUGGGAGUUGUUAUAAAUACAUCCCAAAUAAGCAAUAUUUAAUAAACUAGG